AUGGAAGAUGAGAACAAGAGGGCGGGUGCCAUGGGAGAGGGCCACCAGCAGGGGGAGGGAGAGGGGCUGGGGUUCGACGACCUGCCGGCCGAGGUGCAGUGCGGGGUGUUCGCCCAACUGGAGGUGCAGGAGCUGGCCCGGGUGGCCAGGGUGAGCCAAAGCUGGCGUCAAGUCGCACACACCGACAGCCUGUGGCUCCACCAUCUACGCCAACGCUACCCCUCCACUGAUAACUCCAGAUGGGGGAAAUGGAAGGGUGACAUGGCAGCGUCGUGGCGUGAGGUGUUCGAGCGACGGCACACGCUGGAGAAGAAGUGGGGCAAACAGCCUCACCUACGGUCCGUCAACGCCCACCAGACUCUUCUACGAGCUCUCCAGCAGAUGGCCAUCAGCUUCUGGGACACGAAGAAGCUGCUCGCGGACGACUUUGUCUCCAACGGCACUGAGGACGACCCGCACGUCUUUCCCUAUCACCGGGGGACCGUCUCUAUACGGGAGGUGCUGGCGCUUCAGUUCGAGCGGACGAGCGACCUGCUGGAUAUGGAGACGAGUACCAAGACGGACACACUCAAUGGCCACACGCGUGAUGUACGCUAUCUCCGAUUCCGGGGAAACACAGUUGGGGUAUGGGACCUGCGCCAACGCCAAGAAGUGGCACAUCUGCAGACCGACUCGGCUAAUGGCUGGGCUUGCCAGUUCGACGAGGAGAAGAUAGUGUCUAACGGAGCGAACGAAGUGCGGUUGUGGGACUUCCGCACGCUCGAGAUGCGUCAAACCUUCAAGGCGGCCGAUUCCAUUCGGUUUCUCCGCUACGACGACACCAAGCUUGUCGCUGGAUGCCAGGGCAACAUCGUGGAAGUCUGGAACCUGGAGGGAGAGCACAUCAACAGCAUACACGUGGCCGGCGGCCACUCCGGCGGCAUGACCGGCGUUCUCACAUUCCAGUACGACGAGCGCUGGCUGUUCGCAGGCCUACACUCCCGUUCAUCGGAGAACACGCUCGUCGUCCUCGACUUUGCGAAUCCUGCCCCCGCCAGCGAGGAGCCCAGUUGCGUGGAGUGA